GACUCGUCAUACUUUGGUAAGAAAUAAUCACUGUAGUGUUGGUCUUGAACGUUGCUUCGCCUUUUUUUGCCUUUUAGGCGCCGAUCUUUCUCCGUUUUUUUUUCUGAGAUUCAAGCUUUGAGCGUCGUCAUCAAUGGAGGCUAUACUGCUCGACCCGGCAUUUCUCUCUGUACCGAAGCCCUCGGAAUCUUCCAGACCCAUCUCGUGUUUCGCCGUCAGAACAUCUCUCCGGGCCAGUAUAUUGAGGUUCGGACCAGCUGGGUAUCGUCCCCUUCGAGUCUCCGCAUCUUCGCCGAUCAGAUACUCGAGGAGACAACGGAUAGAUGAGAGUGAGAGCUUGACACUUGACAGCAUAAGGCAUUCUUUAAUCCGUCAAGAGGACAGCAUCAUCUUUAAUCUCUUGGAGAGAGCUCAAUAUUGCUACAAUGCUGACACAUAUGACGAAGAAGCAUUUGCAAUGGAGGGGUUUCGUGGAUCUUUGGUCGAGUUUAUGGUCAGAGAAACUGAAAACCUUCAUGCAAAGGUGGGCAGAUACAAGAGCCCCGAUGAACAUCCCUUUUUCCCGGAUUGCUUGCCAGAGCCAAUGCUUCCACCAUUGCAAUACCCACAGGUUUUACAUCACUGUGCCGAUUUGAUCAACCUAAACAACAAGGUAUGGAACAUGUAUUUCAGAGACCUUCUUCCCAGACUGGUCAAGCUUGGAGACGAUGGCAACUGUGGUUCAGCUGCUGUCUGUGACACAAUGUGUUUGCAGAUACUCUCCAAGAGGAUUCACUAUGGUAAAUUUGUAGCAGAGGCCAAGUUUCGUGAAUCACCGGAUGUAUAUGAGAAAGCCAUCAUAGCACAUGAUAGGACACAACUGAUGCGACUUCUAACGUAUGAGACAGUGGAAGAAAUAAUCAAGAAGAGGGUUGAGACGAAAGCCAGAGUUUUCGGACAAGAAGUGAAGAUCAGUGAGGAGGAAGCUGGAGCUGACCCUUCUUACAAGAUCAAGCCGAGCUUAGUGGCCAAACUGUACGGAGAUUGGAUCAUGCCCCUCACAAAGGAAGUUCAGGUUGAGUACUUGCUUAGAAGGCUGGAUUAAUCCAAGCAAUU